CCCCUAGAGCCUUCCACUUCCUUCCGGAAAAUUACACCUAGGCCCUUCCAGAGCCAUCCUCUCCCCCUUCACCCCCUCCCUAUAAAUUGCCCUCAACGCCCUCCCUCUCAAACCAUCGGAAACGAAAAAUUAAGCCCACGCCAUUAUUUUAUUCAGCAAAAGUUAAGAUCUCUCGAUCUCAAUCUCAAUGAAGGGUCCGCUGGUCGUUACGUUUGCUCUCAUUUUGGCUCUCAGCCUGGCUUUCCCUGCUGAGGGAUUGAUCCCAUAUGGGAGAAAUUUGUGGGAUUUGAUGGCGCCCGGCGACAGCAUCGACCCCUUUAGGAUUUUGGAGCAGACUCCGCUCACAGUCCCGAAGCCUGUUGAGAAUAUCGCCCUCGCACGUGCCGACUGGAAGGAGACCGCCGAGGGUCACGUGAUCUCGUUGGACGUGCCAGGAGUGAAGAGGGAGGACAUAAAAAUAGAGGUGGAGGACAGCAGGGUCCUGAGGGUCAGCGGGGAGAGAAAAGCUGAGGAGGAGUCCGAGGGCGACAGGUGGCACAGGGCCGAGAGGACUUCGGGGAGGUUCUGGAGGCAGUUCAGGAUGCCGGCGAGCGCGGACGUCGACGGGAUCAGGGCUCACCUGGAGAACGGGGUCCUGAGGAUCACUGUGCCCAAGAUGGCCGAGGUCAAGAGGAAGCAGCCCAGGGUCGUCGACAUCGUGGAGGAGAAAGGCAAGGGUGGGGAUAUCAAGGCGUCCAAGUCUGAUGCGUGAGAGUUUUGUGGUUCGUAGUGAUGCGUGUUGUUGAGGGAAUGCGUUUUUUUUUUGUGUUUUUUUUUUUCGGUUUGUGUUUCGUGUUCGUGUUGCUGUGACUAAGAAACUGUUUUGGUUAGUAGUUUAUUGGAACGAGAAAUAAAUUUCCGAACUUUUACA